CAGUACGCCAGAGCACAGAGAAUGAGACUCUUCAGGAAACAGGAAAAACCAAGAGGGCUAAGGCAUCUCUUCAGGAAAGAGGAAAAAACAAGAUGGAUAAUGCGUUUCUUCAAGAAAGAGGAAAACCCAAGAGGGCCAGUGCAUUUCUUCAAGAAAAAGGAAGAAACAAGGCGCUCCCGAUGGCCAAGGUCGGUCAUGCUGCCAGACGUGUUCUGCUGCGGGUUUGCAGACAGACAAGCUAUAGCUAUCGAAAAGAUCAAGCUUCUUAAGGAGCGCCGGUGCGCCGCCGCAGCCGCCGGCGACGCGGCACGAGUCGCUAGCCUGGAUGUGAACAUUACGGCCGCGCUGGAGAUAUCUGCUACCCUGCUAGGA